CAUCGUAUAGAUCUCAAAGACACUACUCGCUCUUCUUCCUCCAGGCCAUUUUACGUUUUCUCUGAAAUUCGCCAUGAAAUCCAACCACCAUCACCACCGUGCUCCACUCAUCUCCGCUGCAUCUUCCUCCUCUUCUUCUUCCUCAAGCCACUCCUUCGUUUCUCGGCUUCUUCUUCUCCUGACGCUUCUCCCUGUCUCGCUCGCCUGUCUCGCCUUCGUCCUCCAAUGGCGCGGCGGCGGACUCGCCGACCCGACCUCCGUAUCCGCUGUCGGAUCCUCCACUUGGGCUCCUGGCGGCUCUGAUCUCAACCACGAGGUGUUUCCUGGAAUGGAGACUGUUUCUUCAGUCUCUACCAAGGCUCAUCUAUCGUCCUCCGAUUGCUUCAAUCUCGCUCGUAGCUCUUCUCCAUCGUUCCCUUACUACGGAGACUGGAAGUUUGGUGUUGAUGCCAAUUUGAAGCCUAAGAUAUGUAUCACGACAAGCACAUCGGCCGGUUUGGAACAGAUUCUGCCAUGGAUGUUCUAUCAUAAGGUUUUAGGAGUCUCGACAUUUUACCUUUUUGUAGAAGGGAAAGCUGCUACUCCCAGCGUUUCGAAAGUCUUGGAGUCUAUUCCAGGAGUUAAGGUAAUAUACAGAACUAAAGAGCUGGAGGAGAAGCAGGCUAAGAGUCGGAUUUGGAAUGAGACGUGGUUAUCAGCUUUCUUUUACAAGCCAUGCAAUUAUGAAUUAUUUGUCAAGCAAUCUCUCAACAUGGAGAUGGCUAUUAUCAUGGCAAGGGAUGCGGGCAUGGAUUGGAUACUUCAUCUUGACACUGACGAGUUAAUAUACCCUGCUGGUGCUCGUGAGUACUCAUUGAGGCAGUUGUUGCUCGAUGUCCCUCCAAAUGUUGAUAUGGUUAUAUUUCCAAAUUAUGAAAGCAGUGUUGAAAGAGAUGAUAUCAAGGAUCCUUUUACCGAGGUGUCAAUGUUCAAGAAGAACUACGACCAUCUUCCGAAAGAUACAUACUUUGGGAUGUACAAGGAAGCAACACGUGGAAAUCCAAACUACUUCUUGACUUACGGAAAUGGGAAAUCAGUCGCUCGUAUUCAAGAGCACCUCCGUCCAAAUGGUGCACACAGAUGGCAUAAUUACAUGAAAUCUCCGAAUGAAAUUAAAUUGGAGGAGGCUGCUGUUCUACACUAUACCUAUGCAAAAUUUUCGGAUUUGACAUCCCGACGUGAUCGUUGUGGCUGCAAGCCAACAAAAGAAGAUGUGAAAAGAUGCUUUAUGUUGGAGUUUGAUAGAUCUGCAUUCAUAAUUGCCUCUACAGCAACUGGAGAAGAAAUGUUAAACUGGUACCGUGCACAUGUUGUCUGGGGCGACAAAGAGAUGAAGCUGAAACUCCUGAGGAAGGGCAUCCUGACACGAAUUUAUGCACCGAUGGUAAUAAUACAAGCGUUGAAAGAGUCUGGUGUCUUCAACUCAGUUAUCUCUUCAGCUCCGACAAAUCUUUCGAAGAACAAGUUCUUAGAAUCCAUUCGAGUCAGCAACUCAUCCAAAACCGCAUCUGGAUCUAUUCCCUCGAGGCAUAUCGAGAAGAACAGAGAGCGUCAGCACAUCUCGGCCAGGCGAGUUCUUAGUGCUGAGUCAGUGAACAGCCAUGAACCAGCCGUCCCGCCAUUGUCGCCCCCAGGGAUGGAACAUGAUGCAGUGAUCACCACAGAGGAAUAACAGGUUCUUGGCGGCCGCUGACCACGACGAUCACCACCACCACUUCUCUUUCUCACCGGCGUGUAGGUUAGAAAAGGCGGUGGAGAGACAGAAGAGAAUGUGAGGAAAGCGGGUUUUCUGUGAUUGUUCGUUCCCGAUCAUCACCCAAGCGCUGUGUACACUUAGAACCGAGAGAGAGAGAGAGAGAGAGAGAGAGAGAGAGAGAGAGAGAGAGAGAGAGAGAGAG